GGAAGUUUAGCUGUUGUUGUCACACUGGAAGAAAAUGGCUGCUGCUCCGACUUUUUUUCAAUGAAGACACUGAUAUUUCAAUUUCAUUUCGUUUUCUCGCAUCGGAGCUACGGUCGACCGCUAUGCAACCUUGAAGGGUGUGAAUGGUCACUCUAGGAAGGUGACAGUGAGGCAGAAAGGACAGCAUCGUCUACCGUCACUCUCCCUGCAGCUGGCGGUGGACCACAAUGCAACAAGUUUUGGAAUAUGCAUUGGAUCGAGCCGAGUACAUUGUUGAAAGUGCUCGACAACGUCCAGCCAAAAGAAGAGUUUCAUCUGGUGGGAGGAAGAGUCUUUAUCAGAAGCUCUAUGAGCUUUAUAUGGAGGAAUGUGAGAAAGAGCCAGAGUUAAAGAAUUUAAGAAGAAAUGUGAAUCUACUGGAGAAGCUGGUGUCUCAGGAGUCCAUCUCAUGUCUGGUGGUCAAUCUGUACCCUGGCAAUGAAGGUUAUUCUUUAAUGCUCAGGGGCAAAAAUGGAUCUGAUUCAGAAACCAUCCGGCUGCCAUAUGAAGAAGGAGAACUGCUGGAGUACCUAGAUGCUGAGGAGUUGCCUCCCAUUUUGGUGGAUCUGUUGGAGAAAUCACAGGUGAACAUCUUCCACUGUGGCUGUGUAAUAGUAGAAGUAAGAGACUACAGGCAGUCUGGUAACACAAAGAUGCCCACUUAUAAGAGCAGACACAUCCUGCUUAGGCCCACCAUGCAGACUCUAAUCUGUGACGUCCAUGCCAUGACCAGUGACCACCACAAGUGGACACAGGACGACAAACUACAGCUGGAAAGUCAGUUGAUUUUGGCCACUGCUGAACCUCUGUGCCUGGACCCCUCCAUUUCUGUCACCUGCACAGCCAAUCGCCUGCUCUACAACAAACAGAAAAUGAACACUCGCUCUAUGAAACGGUGUUUCAAGAGGCACUCACGAGCUGCACUGAACAGGCAGCAGGAGCUCUCCCAUCUGCCUAUGCCACCACAACUACAACUCUACGACUACCUACAGAGGAGGAAGGAGAGGAAACCUGCUCCUGUCAUAGACCUGAAGAUCUCAAAGAUCGGAAACUGUGUUGACAUGUGGAAGCAGAGCAACUGCCAAUUAACUGUACCCAAGGAAAUUGAUGUGGAAAAGUAUGCUGUGGUUGAGAAAUCUCUGCAGUUGGAGGACUCUCAGCCCACCACUGUGAUCUGGCCUGCUGAGGAAGUUGUAGAUGACUACACAUUUGAGUGUGAGGUGGGGGGCCAAGCCCAGAGGACCAAAGUGUCAAUCUUCCAGUCCAUGGGAGACCCCCGGGUGUAUGGAAAGAUUUACUGUGCUAAAGACCCAAAAGAGGAAGACAGCAAUGACCUAAAGCUCAUACAUCCCCCAUUUCUCAUUGGCUCAAAGAUUGAUGCAGAUCGGUUUCUCAAUCAAUACAAAGGAGUGUAUGAGAGAGAUGUGAAGUGUCAGGUCAAGAUGUCCCAUAACUCAGGCAACUUGGGUCAGGGGCCACCCUCACCCAGCAAAGAUGAGGGUGAUGGUAUUUCUCCACUGGUCCAGACGUCUGUUUUGGGAAAAGGGGUGAAGCACCGACCCCCUCCCAUCAAACUGCCUUCAGGAACAGGCAGCAGCUCCUCAGGUAAUCCAUAUAGUUCACAAACCACCAGUGGUCUACUUAAGUGUCCUACACCCCCUCCAGCCAAAAGCCAGUCUCUGAACAGGAAGCACUCCAUGGAGCUGGGCCAGGUGGGCCUUCUGUCGCCUGCCUCCCUCUCCCCUAUGGGCUCUUCUCAGAGAUCAGGGACUCCCAAGCCAUCGACCCCCACUCCCACCAACACGCCCUGCUCAACGCCUCACCCGGCCGACACCCUCUCUGCUCCCCUCUCAGUGACCCCCACCCCCUCAGAUCCUCCCAUGGUUCAAAGCCAGACGCAGCCCACCCUCCUGACGUCCUUCGCCCAGCAGCCGCUCGCUCUGAGCCAGUCUCUGAUGACAAUACCCCUCCCCACCAUGGGCACAUCUAUCACCACGGGAACCACUUCAUCACAGGUCAUGGCCAACCCAGCGGGGCUCAACUUCAUUAACGUGGUCAGCUCCGUCUGCAGUCCUCAGACCCUGAUGAGCGGAACAAACCCCAUGUUGGGUCCAGGCCUUAACCUGAGUGGAAUUCUGCCACCUGGAGGAUUGAUGCCCACCAUGCAGUCAGCAGCACAGACAGGGAGUCCGUUUGGCCUGAAUAGCAGUGCGGGGUUAAGACCACUGAAUCUACUACAGAUCCCCACUGGUCCUCUCAUCUUUAAUUCUCUGCAGCAGCAGCAGCUGUCUCAGUUCUCACCACAGCAGAGUCAGUCAGCCACUUCCAGCCCUCAGCAGCAGGGGGAGACGGGCGAACAGGGCUCGGAUCAAAGUUUAGGAAACCAGCAAACAGCGGUCAUCAACCUGGGAGUCGGAAGCUUCAUGUCUCCACAGGCAGCAGUGCUGUCCCAGUUGGGCUGUGGCCUGGACGGGUCUGGGCCCCCGCUGCCUUCUCCAAGGCUUCAGCAGCAGCACCAGCCACAGAUCCAAGAUGAACCAGACUCUGGCUCAGUGUGUUGGUAGGUCUGAAGUGACAUGGACUGAUUUGUUUUUGUAAGAUCCUCCUGAGUUUCUCAAAUUCUCCAGUCAAGUUGGGAAUAAAAAUGCUGAUAAUUUUCAUUUUUUCACACAUAAUGACAAUCUACCUGUGGUGGUGCUGAUGGUCUUUGGGGUCCUCAUAUCCACACACCUCUCUUCACACACUCAGUAGCAUGUCUCACUAUAGUCUCUUUCCUGUAUGUUCAGCACAACUCCCACUUGAGUCACACUUCCAUUGAGUCAUAUUCCAUGCAUUCAAGUAGGGAUUUAACAGCAGACAUUUCUCUCUCUCUCUCUCUCUCUGAUUACCCCCACCUGCAGAGCAUGUCUGCAGUGUAAGGAAAUUGUCAAUUUGUUAGUGAGCCGUAUCAUCAUUAUAAAAUUUGGGUCGUAAUUUCCCGCAGCUGUGCCUCACUUUUGAGCUUCUUGGUUCCAGAUGAUGGCCAUGUCUCACCCUGGCACUCUAGCUGUGAGUGACAGUUUUUGGUGAGGAUAUAUUUGGGUUCAGAAAUCCCCAAAUAAAAGAAAGUCCAUAUUUUUUUAACUGUGUUUAAUGCAGAGGUGGAAAAAGUACCAAUCUGCUGUACUCAUGUAAAAGUACAGUUACUUUGGUAAAUGUACUGGUCUACAGUUCUACUCAAGUAAAAGUAAAAUGUAGAUCAUUGAAGGUUUACUCAAAGUACUAAAUAUUGAAUAGCUACUUAUGAUACCCAAGGGGAUUUCACAGUGAAAUAUGUCUUUUCUUAAAGAGCAAUAACAGUAAAAGAAUAUAGAUCUCCCACCAGGGUGUUUAUUAUUAAGUAAGUCUAAGUAAAAUGCAACAGCUGUUUUGGGAUGACUGUAAUGUGUUGUGAAAGCCAAAUGGCUGUCUAUUUUCUUGUUGUUGGCAAAAAACCUGGACCUCCUCUAUUUAACUUUUAGUGUUUUUUUUUUUUUUACUCACUAUGGUGCUUUUUAAAAUGUGAUGAAGUGCAAUAUACUUACCCCAAAAUAUACUGAAGUAACAGAAGACAGAAAAUACAUUUUUGCUACAUUUUACAUUGCAAACUUAGUGAUGAAUUGGACUGUUGAAGGAAAUCAGGUUGAGAUGUUUUUUCAGAAAGCACUACUUGCGAAAAAAACAUGAUAAGCAAAGAGAUAAGAGUAAGGAUACACAAUAUUACUGAUAUGAUAUUGGUAUCUGCAGAUAUUAGCUGAGUAAAAAGGUAAAUAACGUAUCGGCAAAUAGGAAAAAUUUCUGCUAAUACUGAUAUUUUGGCUAUAAAAAUCUGGUGUAAAAGUUGGCUGUACAAACAGAUAAGUUGGUGGAGUUUUAUUGUGUUCAUUUUCAUCAUCCUGAAACUUUAAAUUGUGAGUUUUCAGGACUGAAGUUUUAGACCCGAACUACAUUUAAAUUCUGGUGUCAGCUAAAAUUAUUUUAUGAAUAUCUGAUAUCAGCAAAAUCCAGUAUCACACAUCUUUAGGUAAGAGGCACAACUUUGCCUACAGGGGCACCAAGAAUAGCUAAAACCUGAAAGUUCCUCACAGGAGCUUUAACUUUGUCCUCUGUAUAAAGGUCAAAAUUAGACAACUUAUUUUCACAUGUUGAGCCUUUUUUAUCAGACCUGGGUUAAAUAGAAGUGUAUUUAAAAGGAAUAACUGCUGAGGCUUAACUCUAAGACCUUUAAACAUUUAUUCAGUUUGGUAUAACCAUCCAUAUAAAGCGAUUUAAAAUAUGUUAACCUUUACUUUUGUUCAUAAUAAGCUGAUUCUUAUCGUUUCUGCAUUUCUAAACAGUGAAAAUAAAUCUUCAAUAAUAACAGAGUUUAUCUGUAGGUAUAUUUGUCUUAGAAUAAGUAGGAAGAUUUGAUUGACUUUAUCCCCCAGGUCUGAUUUUCAUUGAAAGCCUCAAAUAAUUGUUUUUCUUUCCUGUGGAUCCACACCAUUCACUCCAUCUUGUGUGUGUUUUGUUCAAAUGUUGUUUGGCACUGCAAACCCACACACACACAAACACACACCACAAGAGCUUCUGGCACUUCCAAUGGCAGCAACUAACAGCGUGUUGAAACGGGAGGCAUGCUCUUACAAAAGCAAAAGAAUCUGAAAUACUGUCAUGGGAAAAGCACACUGUUGUAAAUUUGCCUACUGCAUCAUGUCAGGUUAGAGAUGACAUCCUGUAAGCAUGAAAACACAAGGUGUUAUUUUCUCAAGCCCAGUUGAAGUUGCUGACUUACUCCAGAGCAGAGAGCACGGUUGCUGAGCUGCAUGUCUGUCGUCAGGAUCACAACCGAUUAUUUGUGUCUCCAGAACGCCACUGGUGCUGCUUGACUGUUCCUGCCUCACUCCCCAACACACAUCUCCCAAACCUGCCCCCAAACUCUCUCUCUUCCUCCUCCUCCCUCCCCUCUGCAACCCAUUAACCACUCUUCUGUGUUUCCCCGCACUCUUCCUGUAUGUCGAACCAGGCUAUAGUUCAGCUUCACUAACAUGCCACUUUUAGACUUUUAAAGACAGCUGAUCUGAAAUGUCCCAGUUUCAGAGUAAAAUUUAUUGCCUUUAAAUGUGCUUCAGUUGCUUGAAAAUAUCCUAUAUUCACUGAAAAAAGCAUGCACUAUAUCGCUGGUAUUAACUUGUUUUUUCAUC